CACAGAGAGAGAGAGAGAUACGACUGCAGAGAACACUGGGAAAAUCAAAUGCACCCUCAUACACGCACCCAGGGGACAGCAGUCUCUGCCCACUCUAUCUGUGUCCCUCUCUUCUGAGUCUAACACCUCCCCACAUCUCUCAUUCACACCCUGGAUCUUCUCUUGCAGUUUCCUUAAAAGGGACGGAUAGAAACCAGGAUCAUCCAGCCGUCUGUGUUUCUUGACUGAGAAAACUCAAGCUGGAGAAGAGAAGGUGGAAGAUGGUGGAAGCAAGGCCAAGACGGACCCUUCGAUGGCCGGACUGGCGGCUGUCUGUUUGCGUGCUGCUUUUGUGGAUGUUUGGGAUGGCCAUGGGCCGCAGAGCUCCCAAAACCCCACGAUGUCCAGCCACCUGCUCCUGUACUAAAGACAGUGCCUUCUGCGUGGACACCAAGGCCAUUCCCAAGAGCUUCCCACCAGGAAUUAUCUCCCUGACUAUGGUGAAUGCUGCUUUCACAGAGAUUCCUGAAGGAGCUUUUUCCCACAUGCACCUACUGCAGUUCCUGCUGUUGAACUCAAACACAUUCUCUCUGAUUUCUGAUGAUGCUUUUGCUGGUCUUGGACAUCUGCAGUACCUAUUUAUUGAGAACAAUGACAUCCAAGCCCUGUCAAAGCACACAUUCAGAGGACUGAAGUCUCUGACACAUCUGUCUCUGUCCAACAACAACCUGCAGGUUCUUCCCAGAGAUCUCUUAAAACACCUGGACAUCCUCACUGACCUAGACCUGCGAGGGAACUCGUUCCGUUGUGACUGUAAGAUCAAAUGGCUGGUUGACUGGAUGGAGAAGACCAACACCUCAGUUCCCGCCAUAUACUGCGCCAGUCCUUUUGAAUUCCAGGGCCGACGCAUCCAUGACCUCACACCGCGUGACUUCAACUGCAUUAGCGCAGAUUUUGCUGUAUAUGAGACAUACUCGUUCCAGUCUCUAUCUGUGGAGUCAUACGAGUUUAAUGAUGACCAGUACGUAGUUUUCGCUCAGCCCAACACUGGAAUCUGCACUGUGUUCAUUUGGGAUCAUGUGAACAUGCUUUUCAAGACACAUUACAACAUCACAUCUCGUUCUGCUGUGUAUUGUAAACCUGUGGUUAUCAACAACACUCUCUACAUGGUUGUGGCUCAGCUCUUUGGAGGAUCCCACAUCUACAAAUGGGAGGAAGGUCCAUUGCGUUUCGUCAAAAUCCAGGACAUCGACACCACCCGUGUUCGUAAACCCAACUUCAUUGAGACUUUCCAGAUCGAAGGAGACUGGUAUUUUGCUGUAGUUGACAGCUCCAAAGCCGGUUCCACCAGCCUGUACCGCUGGAACAGUAACGGCUUUUACUCACACCAGUCCCUCCAUCCCUGGCACAGAGACACUCACAUCGACUUCCUAGAGGUGGACGGCAAACCUCGUCUCAUACUCUCUAGCACCUCGCAGCCCCCGGUGGUGUAUCAGUGGAACCGCAGCCAACGCCAAUUUGAGUACCAUUUGCAGAUGACCUAUUCAGGUGACGUGCAGAUGGUGAAGCACUUCUGGGUACGAAAAGUGCUGUAUCUCUGCCUCACCCGCUUCAUAGGAGACUCGAAGAUCCUGCGCUGGGACAACCAACGCUUCGUAGAGAUUCAAACCCUGCCGUCACGUGGCUCAAUGACCGUGUAUCCGUUCAGCGUCGGAGUGAGGCAGUACCUUCUGCUGGGCAGCGAUUAUUCGUUCUCUCGAAUCUAUCUGUGGGACGACCUCACUCAAAGAUUCCAGCCCUUCCAGGAACUCAACAUGUUUGCGCCUCGAGGCUUCAGCCUGGUCUCUGUUGACAAUAAGGAUAUUCUGUUAGCGGCCAGUUUUAAAGGAAAGACCAUGGCCUACCAGCAUCUAGUGGUGGACCUCAGUGCCAAAUAGGCAGCCGGAGAGGUUUUACUGGGGUUUGAGGUUGUAAGUGCGUAAAUGCCAAGAACUGCAAAAUGGCUACACCUUUCUACAUCUGCAUUCACCCAUGAAUUGAUUCUGUCAUUGCUAAAUACUCAUACAUUAGUUACUGUAAGUGUAAGCCAUCAUCAACUCAAUAAACAUGUUCAAUCUUUAAACUGAUUACCCAUUUGGGUCUUUAAAGCUAAAUAAAUAUGUACUAUAUGCAUUGCAAUGAUGACAUGUUUCUCCAAUAGGAUGUGAAUUAUAUUUUUGGACAGAUGUCAUUCCCUGAUUCAUGUAUCAUCAUAGCAUGAACAUGUCUAAGAAUAUUAUGUGUUACCAAGAGAAAUAACAAGUUUCAUUUUAGUCACUCAAUAGAGCUUGACUGUUAAGGCUGUGCUUUAAGGACUUUCUAUGCAGAUGAUUCUCUGAAAAUGUUGAAUUAUUGUACUUGGACAACAAUACACCUAAUUUACUAACUGGUAGGUCAUUAUAAACUAUCUGCUGUCAUCAGCAUGCAUUGCAGUAAAUGACUGUGGUGGAAAUGUCAUUUAUGAUGUCACAAAAUAAAGUUAAAAUAUCUGUA